ACAUUGCAAGUUGUUUUGGAGAAAACCCGAAAAGCAUCAGCUGUGCAAAUAAAUGUGAAUGUUAUAACCAAAGUGACACCCAGGCCUGGGAGGGUGCUGUACCAUUUGCCUUUCCUGCUGACUAGUUGUUGGUGUGCCUUUCAAUCCGAAUGGACCGGAGGGGUCCCCACCCUGACCCCCAUCUUUGCUGAAGGAAAAGGUGGCCUGUGUCACAGUUGGGCACAGAGGCGAUACGUUCACAUUCUUUCCUGGAAUUUCAGCCCAUGGCUCUACAGCCCUGCUCCAGCAAGACCGCAGGUAUUGUAUGCAGGUGAACCGACAGGCUGGACUGGUUAGUCCAUCGCAGGUCUUGCGGCGAUGUGCUCCGAGCAGUCGGCCUGAGGUCUGUGUCACGCACGCCGUCCGCACGCGCUGACUCUAUAAACCCCCUGCAGGUGAGCCAUGACGGAGUACAAGCUGGUGGUGGUGGGGGCGGGAGGCGUCGGGAAGAGUGCGCUGACAAUACAGCUGAUUCAGAACCACUUUGUGGACGAGUACGAUCCCACCAUUGAGGACUCCUAUCGUAAGCAGGUGGUGAUCGAUGGGGAGACAUGUCUGCUGGACAUUCUGGACACGGCAGGGCAGGAAGAGUAUAGCGCCAUGCGAGACCAGUAUAUGAGAACAGGAGAGGGCUUCCUAUGUGUCUUUGCCAUCAACAAUAGCAAGUCGUUCGAGGACAUUCACAACUACAGAGAACAGAUCAAGCGUGUGAAAGACUCUGAGGAUGUCCCAAUGGUGCUGGUGGGAAACAAGUGUGACCUGCCAUCCCGAACAGUGGACACAAAGCAAGCUCAGGAUCUGGCCAGGAGCUAUGGCAUUCCCUUCAUAGAGACAUCUGCUAAGACAAGACAGGGUGUGGAUGACGCCUUCUACACUUUAGUGAGGGAAAUUCGCAAACACAAGGAGAAGAUGAGCAAAGAGGGGAAGAAGAAAAAGAAGUCAAAGAACAAGUGUAUGGUCAUGUGAAGGGUUGUUGUUCCCUGUAGCACAAGCAAACCAGCAAAUGGCAUCCUAAAUACUCUCUGUCAAGAGUGUUACAUUUUUGUAAUUCACACUAAAUUAUUAACCCUGUCCACUCUGAUGUUGGUGUAAAUGAAACCCUUGAGCUGUCUUCCCUGCUUACUGAUCCAGUGAGUGCUGUGUUGUGCUAAGACAGCUGUGCUGACAUGAUCCUCAAUAACCUUGCCUGGCCUGUGCUUACCAGUCCCCUAAGGCUGUGCUCUGGCUGCUUCAAGGACCUUAAACAUGGAAGUGUACAAAAUGCAAGUGGAACAGCCAGCUGAGUUUAUUCACAUACAGGCAACCUAGUCUGUAGAUGCACAGCUCUGGACAGGAUACAUAACCUUUUUUUUUUUUUUUUUUUUUUUUUUUAAAUUUAACUGGCUAACUGUUUUUCAGUUAAAUGAAAGGUUAAGUUCUCAUUUUCUGGUUGAAAUUUUUAUAGUGUAAUCCAUCCCCAUAGUAAUACAAGUUGCCAAAGAAUUUUUAACUGUACAGCAUAAUACCAAUAGUGUCUUAGCAUCUUAGAGAAGGUGCUGAAACUGUGAGGAAAACAUACAAACGGUACACCCAGCCAUCCAGAUCAGUGUAAAUUUUUUUUGUUGUUGUCUCGGAUAUAGUUCAAAUUUCAUUGGGCAUUUUUGUAAACUUUAAGUGAUGGAAGAUCUGAACGGUAACCUUUGUUACACCAGAUCUUGUCUUGCUUCUUGUCAGAUGAGACUUUUUGAAAUGCUGUGUGUUAAUCUCUAGAACUCUCCAGCCCUCUUGUAACAGAUGGGACUUCUGCAUUUUUUUAAGAAAAACCCUUCUUUCCUCUUCUCUCUGAAGACAAGCCUCACUCCUCAGUGGAUGAAUCGCACAAUCUGAUGUGACGUUGUUACGCUGAGUAUCCUGCUUCAGAAUUAGUUGUGGAAGCGGUCCUAUCCCUGCAGGAGGAAGCUUCUCUGUAAUCAUGAACUUGUGAUACAGUGAGAAUUCAGUGGUUCAUCAUUUGCAGUCACUUCAUACGAAUAUUGGCUGGGAUUGCAGUUUUAAUGUUGGAUGUAAGAAGCAGCUCCAAAACACUGUUAGUGCUGGGGGAAAGCAGACUUCUGGUUUAAGUA